AUGCCCUGCUUCUUCUUUCAGUAUGGCAACCCUCCACCCGAGACUACUCACAGGCACGCUCCCAGAGAGAUGACGCACCACGAACCCGACCAUCAUCAUAAAGCGGCCAAAUCACACGGCCGUGCCGUCCACUUACCGAGAUGGUUCACUUUCAGGAAUUUCGUCUAUCUCGUGAUCGCAAUCUGGACGAUCAUUGGCACUGUCUUCAUAGCGGACUACAUACGAACCCAGACAGGGCACCAAGCACUCUUUGAUCAUUCUGUACAAGGUGCUUCGCCAGAUCCUACGGUUGAUGGUGAUUACCGACCAAAGUACACACAUCGAGCCACAAUAUCUGGAAGGCCUUUCAUGAGAAGCUCGAUGGCCAUGGAUGCACGUACUAGCAUGGCUGGAUCCGAUCACGCGACUCUGCAAAACAUGUUGCUUGCUAUUGCCGGCACAAGUCUCGUCCUUCUGGAAUUACUCUAUGAGUCUGUCUGGAUUGGACAUCAAGAUGUACGUCAGAUCUAG